GGAGACUCGAGUGUCCCUCUGAGAUUUGUCCUCCAGACCUGAGGCGCGCGCUGUGCGUUCGAACAGGAGUUGGGACCCAAGGUCCUGGGACAGGGCCUGCCUCCGGCGGUCUUGGGAACCCGGGGUGUUCAUUUUAGUUCCUCGGGCCUCAGUUUCCGCAGGUUUAAAAACAGAAGGCCGGCGAAAGCAAAAGUGGGCUCUGGACCCAAGAAACACUGCAUGGAGUAAUGAUGCUUCCAAGUUCGGCCAGAGGAUGCUAGAGAAGAUGGGCUGGUCUAAAGGAAAGGGCUUGGGGGCUCAGGAACAAGGAGCCACGGAUCAUAUUAAAGUUCAAGUUAAAAAUAACCACCUGGGACUUGGAGCUACCAUCAAUAAUGAAGACAACUGGAUUGCUCAUCAGGAUGAUUUUAACCAGCUUCUGGCUGAGCUGAACACUUGCCAUGGGCAGGAAACCACAGAUUCCCCAGACAACAAGGAAAGGAAAUCUUUCAGCCUUGAGGAAAAGUCCAAAGUUUCCAAAAACCGGGUUCAUUACAUGAAAUUCACAAAAGGGAAGGACCUGUCAUCUCGGAGCAAAACAGAUCUUGACUGCAUUUUUGGGAAAAGGCAGAGCAAGAAGACUUCUGAGGAUGAGUGCUGCCCCGCCACCGAGGACAGGAGUGAGACCUCCCCUAUGACCACCAGCACCCUCACCAUCCAGGAGUACUUCUCCCAUCGCAUGGCCCAGCUGAGGAGCAAGCCACAGGACCCCAUCCCCAAGCCUGGCCUUUCAGAGACCCAUGUAGGAUGGAACAGGGGAAGGAAAAAAACCGGAGAGGCAGCAGAUCAAGAUGUGGAGAAUUAUCCCCAAACCAAGGCCAGGCUGCCUAAAAAGCAAAAGCGGGAGGAAGAGCCGAGCCAGGGACGUGUGACCAAGAAGGGAGACGGGGCCCAGCGGCAGCCGGCAAACCCCUGGGGCGGUGAGGCCGCUCAGGACUGUGCGCAAGGCCCCGGUGACCGGGAGUGUGCCCAGAAGCCCAGAAAGGAGAGAGCAAAGACCAAGCCGCAGCAGCCAGCAGAGGCAGCUGCCGAUGCUGCACCGGAUGAAUCCCCUGUGAAGAAGAAGAAGAAGAAGAAGAAAGCUUCCAGAUGAAUUCUCUCCAGCCAGGACCUCUGACCACUGCACUGUCAGGAGCUGCCGUGCGGGUGCUCUCUGGCCUGAAGUCAGCAGAGUUAACCCCGUGCCGCGGGGGCACAGCUCCCAAUGUGCCGGGAGGUGCCGCGUCUGGUCCUCUCACCACACUCCCCGUUACCUCCAGGAGAACAGUCUCUGCUGUCCAGACCGUGCUUCUCCGGACAAAUAAAUCUUUCUAAACUCUGAGCCUCUCA